UGUCUGAUAAUUCUGGUAAUUGGGUCAAGUAUUUACGAAAAGAACUGAAAGACACAAAUAGCAUUACAACUCCGUCUAAAAAGACGAUUGGUAUUAUAAAAGACAUAUUAACAGCUGAUGUUUAUAAUAUUGACAAAAAAGAAUAUGAAGGGGAAUUUUUAAAAUGGGGAUUAGAAGUAGAUGAAUCAGUCAAACUUACAGUAAUAGAAUAUAAUCUUCGCAAGAAACAAUGGAACCCAGAUGAUAAAAAAAAGAGUCUGGAUAUUCUUCCAUCAUUUUACCCAAAUGGAAAAAAUUUUAUACUACUUUGUGAAGUUCUUGAAAAUGAUGAUUUCAUUACGAUUACACGUAUUGGUGUUAUUAUUUGGUCUUAUAAACCUGACUUUAAGUUGGGUGACGUUAAGAAUAUUAAGAUGCAUUAUUAUUGGAAUUGUUGGAAUGAUCAUUUAGAAGAAUUCAAAUUUAAAAAGAUAAAGUUCGAAGAUAUCUUUGAGAAGCGGGCUUCAGGAAGAAUUCUUCCUGCUUCAA